UGAACGGAGGGCCGACGGCGCGCAGGGAGGCGACGCGUCAGGCUGGCAGCGCAGAGGAUCUGGAUCAGUGUGUCGCAGCGUCCCGCGAUCAAAACACCUCCCUCCUCCGCUAACAGACGGCCGUCCAUCCCGGUGACAGCGUGUGGAAAUGCUUCGGAUAGCAGCCUCUGAGUCUGGUGAGUGAGGGGUUGUUCCUCCCAGGUUUGGUUUGAGCUCCACCAUGGCGGGGGACCUCUUUAGCCCGCCGUCCCCGCUGGGGGAUUCCCUGCUGGACAGCCCCCUGUGCGGCGACCUGAUGGACGAUCUUCGUGACAUCUCCCAGUCCAUAGGAGACGACACGCUGGGAUUUGAUUUCCCUGAGUACCAGAGCACUGGCUCGGGGUCUGACAGCUCCAUCGCGCUGGACACGUUGACCCCAGCCUCCAGUCCGUCGUCGGGGGUGGGUGGUGCAGCACCAGACCCAGAGGAGAGCUUCACCCCCCUCAGCCUGGAGUGCCGGGUGUGCUCAGACAAGGCCUCUGGCUUCCACUACGGCGUGCAUGCCUGUGAGGGCUGCAAGGGGUUCUUCAGGAGGACCAUCAGGCUGAAGCUGGAGUACGACAAGUGUGAACGUCACUGCAAAAUCCAAAAGAAGAACCGCAACAAGUGCCAGUACUGCCGAUUCCACAAGUGCCUCUCUGUGGGCAUGUCCCACAACGCCAUCCGGUUUGGUCGGAUGCCUCAGGCGGAGAAGCUAAAGCUAAAAGCAGAAAGCAAGAUGGUGGAGAAGGAGAAAGCGAGCCCCAUGUUGGCCGACAACAAGAUUCUGGUCAGGCAGAUCCACGAGGCCUACAUGAAGAACUUCAACAUGAACAAGGCGAAAGCUCGGCUCAUACUCACCGGAAAGACCAGCAAGCCGCAGCCUUUCAUCAUUCACGACAUGGAGACGUUCCAGCUGGCAGAGCGGACGCUAGCGGCCCAUAUGAUAAUCAGCGACUAUCUGGAGCCCGAGAGCGGCCUUCAAGCUGGGGAGGUGGUUCCGGCUGUGGCGUGUGGGGAGCUCCAGCAGCGGGAGGCUGAAGCCAGGCUCUUCCACUGCUGCCAGAGUACCUCGGUGGAGACGGUCACAGAGCUGACGGAGUUCGCCAAGGCGGUGCCGGGCUUCCAGAGCCUGGAUCUGAAUGAUCAGGUGACUCUCUUGAAGUACGGAGUGUAUGAAGCCCUCUUCACCCUCCUGGCCUCCUGCAUGAACAAAGACGGCCUCCUGGUGGCCCGCGGUGGAGGCUUCAUCACCCGAGAGUUCCUCAAGAGCCUCCGGCGGCCAUUUAGCGACAUGAUGGAGCCCAAAUUCCAGUUUGCCACUCGCUUCAACUCCCUGGAGCUGGACGACAGUGACCUGGCGCUGUUUGUGGCUGCCAUCAUCUGCUGUGGAGAUCGGCCAGGCCUGGUGGACGUGCCUCUGGUGGAGCAGCUGCAGGAAAGCAUCGUUCAGGCACUGCGGCUCCACCUGCUGGCCAACCACCCCGACGACAGCUUCCUCUUCCCCAGACUGCUGCAGAAACUGGCUGACCUCCGGGAGCUGGUCACCGAGCAUGCUCAGCUGGUGCAGGAAAUCAAGACAACGGAGGACACCUCGCUGCACCCGCUCCUGCAAGAGAUAUACAGGGACAUGUACUGAGAAGAUAGGACACGGUCCUGAGCAGGGGACAUGUAUUAAAAUAUUAAUGUAUGCCACUGAAACCUUACUGAGAGUAUCAUGCAUAUCGAUGUACUGUUCGUAGCUUGUUGUGCAGCUUUGUGGAUGCACGCUGUUGUGAUGUGCAGAGCUUGCAUUGAGAUUGUGUGACUUUCUACUGGAACAAAACAAGUGAAAUGGGGGGAAAGGCAGCUCUUGUAGGUGGCGUGACUGCCUCCAUUAAAAGGGGGACACAGUGGGGAACAGACUUUUAGAUCUUACGCCUUACAUGUGUAGAGAUAUUGAAUUUAGCUGCUAAGAAUUGGCUCCUGGGUGCCAGCUUUAACUCUACAGACACAAAUACUAAACAAAAGCACAUUAGGAUGACUGCUAUGAAAAUGUGCAUAGCAUUAAAAAUGGGCCUACAUGUAUUGAAGUACAUGACCACGGCAGUCAUGCAUGCACUGAUGCUAAAUGUUCAUUUUUUUCUGUGAGCAGCGAGUUCAACAGGUGUCUCAGAAAGCAGAUCAGUUAGAGAAGUAAUAACAUUUUUAACCUUUGAGGAAAUGUUGGUGGUGCAAAAGGCGCUACAACUCAAUACCAGACACGUCUCUAAUAUUUGGGAUAUUUGGUGCAUAUGAUAUGUUAUUUCAAAAGUUAUUUGGAUUCGGUUAAUGCCAUUCUCAUGUCGUUCUAUUGUGUGCUAGUGCCUUAUGGAUCGUUUUGAUGUAAGUAGUUGAAGAAACGCCUGCAUCAGUAUUCACCAAGUGCCAUAAUGUCUCGGUGCCUGAGCUCAUGUUACCUCUCGUUCAACCACACCUCGUGCCUUCAGCAGAGUAGCUUUUUUUUUUAACCAUGUGUAACUAUUUAGUGCUGGACCAGGGAAUGUUCUCACAUAUUAAAACAUAAAUCAGGAACGAUAGUGCAUUUCAAGUGGGCAGUGAACUAAAAGGAGCCUUACUUCGACUAGAAAAUACUAUAAUUUCACGUGUUAAGUAUUUAUUUUAAUCCUCCAUCGUAGCUCACCUCACCUACUUUCUCAAAAUGUAUCGUACAAAUCCUGCCAUCAGGACAUUCUGUUUUCAGGAUACGACUGCAUCGGCCAGUAUUGAAUAUUUUGACCACAAACACAAUAAUCUGUUAAGGUGGUUUAGGUUAUAUUUUGUAAAUCCAACAAGAAUGUGGUGAGCGCUGUGAAAGGGAUGUGUGUAUGUGCAGACAGUAAAUCAGGCCUCAGAAAAGAGGAGCUGAAUGCUGAAUUUGCUGCAAUGAGAUUUCACCUCCCAAUGCAGUGUCAUUGUUGUCAUUCUGCAACUGUUAAUAUUUUUUAUCAUGCUCAGUGCAGUGUACAGUAAAAAAAAAAAAAAAGAAGCUUUUGCUGUUUCAAUAAAAAGAAUCAUGUCAUGAGGUAGUCUAAAAUAAACUAAUAUAUUUAACUGAGUUUUGUAAUGCCUUGACUUACUGUCGAUUAAUGCCAAUAUUUUCUGUUCAAAUAAAUGAGCUCACAGGCCAUUUUCACUGCAGACAUUUUGAGCUGUCAUAGCAGGAAAUGCAAAACAGGUGGAACCAAUAAUGUUAAUGAUAGCUUUGGUUCAUUAAGUGUCCUAG